AUGGAUGGUACCAUAGAGUGCGAAGCUGGUUUCAUGUCAUCUGACGGUUUUCUAUUUGGAGCUAUUGGAGCGGUGUCGCAUCUCAAGAAUCCAUGCAAGGUUGCUAAAGCUUUGGCUCUCAAUGGUGGUUACGAAGGUCUUAUCGCUCCCAUGGUUCUUGUCGGAUCAGGUGCAGAACAGUAUGCUGAAAGACAAGGGUUUCCCUUGUGCGAACCGAGCUCUUUGCUUGCCGAAAACACUAUGAAGAAGUGGGAGAAAGCGCGAAUCUCUUUGGAGAAAUCAAAAGACAUACAGAGUACCAGAAUGGACACUGUGGGAGCCGUCUCAAUUACUGACGACGUUGUAGAGGCUUGCACUUCCAGUGGAGGAAUCAUGCUCAAAGCUCCAGGCCGUUUGGGCCACUGUACCGUAUUCGGAAGUGGCAUGUGGGCGGAACGACGCAAUAGUAGAUGCAUUGGCAUCAGUGCUAGCGGGUGCGGUGAAGCUCUGAUAAGAGCGGAUUUUUGUAGAUCACUUGCUAACAAGCUGAUAAAUAGGGAUGAAGACGAACUUCCCUCAGAAAUUGUUCAUCGCUUUCUUGAUGAUAACUUUUUGAAAUCUACUGUGAUGGCACCGAUAGCAGCUGAUCGACGAUAUGCUGGAGGAUUAGUGUUAUUGCAGGAGGAUGAUCGUUAUGAAUUGAUCGUAUUCCAUAACACCACAGUGUUCCCAUUUGCUUAUCGACACGGAUCCGUCGUU